GUCUCCUCGAUACUUGAAGGCAUUGCCGCCGCUGGCAAGGCUUAUGGAUGCGAUCAACUCGGCUCUCGUGAGUCUCUCAUUGAGCUCAGCAGAGAGCUUGUAGCUACACUUGAGAUUCCCAGUGAAUUCCUACAAAGGAGUUUCUGGGCAGAGCCAGCAUUAUCCGCACAUUGCAAGCUUGCCGUCGAAGUAAAGCUCUUCCAACACCUCAAAGAUGCCGGUGAAUCAGGAAUUACAUCCGAAGAUCUCGCUCAGAAGACAGGUGUUGAUGUACUCUUACUGCGACGUAUCAUGCGACAUCUUACUGCCAUGAAGCUUGUCUACUUCUCCAACAGCAAAUUCCAUGGUACACCACUCAGUCAUGGGCUAGCAGCAGAUAACUAUCAGAAGAGUAUAGACUUCUGUUAUGAUGUCGCACGACCAUCUUUCGAAGGAUUACCUAGGUUCCUGAAAGAUACCAACUACAAGAUGCCCACAUCCAUUACUGCUGGCCCCUUCCAAGCCGCUCAUGGGACCAAUCUAGCAUUGUUCGACUGGUUGGAUGCUACACCCCCUCAUCUUACCGAGUUCGAUGCUUUCAUGUCCGCCUACCGAGCCGGCAAAGCAAACUGGUGGGACACCGGAUUCUAUCCGGUUGCCGAGCGUCUGUUCGACGGCUUCGACCCUAGCAACAAUGAGGUGCUUCUGGUGGACAUUGGUGGCGGUCUUGGACAUGAUCUACAGCAAUUUGCUACCCGGCAUAUCUCAAACCCCGGACAACUAGUACUACAGGACCGUGAACCCGUGAUCGCUAGCAUCAACAAUAAAGAGAAUCUCCCAUUCCAAAGCCAGGCGUACGAUUUCUUCACUCCACAGCCAAUCAAGGCCGCGCGAGCGUAUUCCCUCCAUUCUAUCCUGCACGACUGGCCUGAUGAGGAUGGCAUUAGGAUCCUGGAAAAUCUCAAACCAGCGCUCAAACCAGGUUACUCGCGAGUUCUUCUGAAUGAGAUUGUCAUGUCGGAAGAAUAUCCCACACUGGCUGCCACAUCAAUGGACAUGAUGAUGAUGACUCACGUUUCUGUUCUUGAGCGGAGCGAGGCGCACUGGAGGACCAUGCUUGCCAAGGCAGGAUUGAGAGUUCUGAAUAUUUACACCUAUCCAGGGGUUGCGGAGAGCGUGAUUGAGGCAGAGAUUGCC